UGCUUGUUUAUGCCCAGUAUUUUCAUUUGGCGAAAAUGAUAUAUGGGAACAAGCUGAUAAUCCUGAAGGUAGUAAAGUUUGGAAAUUUCAAAAGACAUUACAAAAAUUGUCUGGUUGGACAAUGCCUCUCUUCCAUGGUCGUGGUGUAUUUAAUUAUGAUGUUGGACUUCUUCCACAUAGAAGGCCUAUUACUACAGUCGUCGGAAAACCCAUCGAAGUUAAAAAGAUUGAAAAUCCAACUGAAGAAGAUUUGCUCGAAGUACAAAAGAAAUAUAUUGAUGAAUUAUAUAAUAUUUGGAAUACACACAAAGAUAAAUAUGCUAAAAAUAGAGUGAGUGAAUUAACUCUUAUAGAGUAA